AUGGCCCCCAUGUCCAAUCUCGGCCUCAAGGCCGCCAUCUUUCUCCUUCCCUUCGCCGACGCCGCUUCGCCCGCCGACCAGCCCUACGCCCGCGACGGCCUGACCUGGUCCGCGGGCGCCGUCCGUAUGAAUCACGUGCAGGUUAUCGGCACCCACAACUCGUACCACCGCGAGGCGCCGCUUGCCGAGCAUCCAACCCAGGCCGGCAUCCUCCCCAACGUCCAGAACUACUACUACUCCCACCCGGCCCUCGACGUCCAGGCCACCUACCAGUCCAUCCGCAACUUCGAGCUCGACCUCUUCGCCGACCCGGCCGGCGGCCACUACGCCACCCCGCUCAUCCGCAAGCUCGCUAACCUCUCGACGGCCCCGGACUCGGACCUCCUCGGCCCCGGCACAAAGGUCCUCCACGUCGCCGACGCCGACUACCACACCACCUGCAAAACCCUGGUCGGCUGCCUCGGCGCCGUCCAGAAGUGGAGCGCUGCGCACCCGGACCACGUCCCGAUCCCCUUCAUGAUCGAGUUCAAGACCGCCGAACCCGAGAUCGCCGCCGCCGGCGGUGCCUCGCCCAUCCCCUGGAACGACACCGCGCUUCUCCAAGUCCUCGACAGCGAGAUCCGCAGCGUCUUCGCCCCCGGCCAGCUCGUCGUCCCCGACGACCUGCGCCGCGGGAACCUGACGCUCGAGCAGUCCGUCCUGCAGCACGGCUGGCCCGACCUCGAGAGCGCCCGCGGCCGCGUCCUGUUCCUCAUGGACAACGGGCCCGUCCAUCCCGUCCGCGACGCCUACACUGACGGCCGUCCGAACCUCGAGGGCCGCGUCCUCUUCACCAACUCGGCGCCCGGAAAUCCCGACUGCGCGUUCCAAAAGCUCAACGACCCCACCGGCGCGGAGCAGGCCAACAUCAGGGCCCAGGUCCAGGCGGACUACUGGGUGCGCACCCGCGCCGACGUGCCCCUCGACACGCUCCUGUCCAACGACACGACGGCCAUGCGCGAGGCCGCCUUCUCGAGCGGCGCCCAGAUCGUCUCGACCGACUUCCAGGCCUACGGCAUGAGCACCCGCUGGGACGUUGACUACGCCGUCCGCUUCGCCGGCGGCGCCGCCGCCCGCUGCAACCCCGUCAACGCCGGCGCCGGCUGCGUGGACGCGGCGCUGGAGCCCGUCGAGUAUGUCCGCAACUGA